GCGCCCAGCCAGUGUGUACGUGAGCCACGAGUCUUACGCCCUCACCACCACCACUCAGGAUCAUGGCGGACGCGGAGCAGCUUGCAAAGGCCCUGGUGGUAGGCUUCCUCAACAAAGAAGACCUUAAACUGGGAGAGAAAGCAGAAAAGAAGCUAGGAGCGAAGUUACCAAAAUUGCCAAAUGAUGCGCCGUCAGUCGUGGAAAUUGUUCAACAUUACCUUAAAACCUCACCCAACAAGCGGCGGCUGAGCUUGGACCCGCCCCCAGCCAAGAAGGCACGCAAGGAGUCAAGCUCAGAGGAGGAAAGUUCAGAGGAUGAAGCUCCGGCCAAACCAGCAACUCCCAUGGUGAAUGGCAAACUGAAGAAAGACACUCCUGCAACUCCUGUCUCGGCCAAGAAGCCAGCAGUGAAAGCCCAGCCCAAAGGAGAUGCCAGCAGUGAUAGCAGCAGCUCCGAGGAGGAAGAACCACCCAAGAAGGUGGUUGUCAAACCAGCUGUGGCUGCAAAGAAGGCUGAAUCAUCAAGUUCAGAGGAGAGCAGUUCAGAAGAGGAAGAACCAACUAAGCCUGUAGCAAAGAAGCCUCCAGCACCUCCACAAGCUAAGCCAGUUAGCUCCAAGGCUGCUGAAUCAAGCUCGGAAGAAUCUACUUCGGAAGAGGAUGAUCCACCAAAGAAGGUUGCUGACCCAGUCAAGAAAAUAGUACCUGCACCAAAAGUUGCUGCCAAAGCUCAAGAGUCAAGUUCAGAGGAGGAAUCAAGUUCAGAAGAUGAGGCUGCAAAGCCAGCUGUUAAAGCAGUUACUCCAGUGCAGAAACCUGCAGCUAAGCCUGAAGAAUCCAGUUCAGAGGAGUCAAGUUCAGAAGAAGACAAGCCUGCAAAGCCAACUGUGAAAGCGACUACUCCUGUACAGAAACCUAAAGUGCCACUCGCCAAACCUGAGGAAUCCAGUUCAGAGGAGGAAUCAAGCUCAGAAGAUGGUGAACCUGCAAAGCCAGCCGUGAAAGCUGUUACUCCUGUACAGAAACCUAAAGGUCCCUUGGCCAAGCAAAAGGAAUCAAGUUCAGAGGAGGAAUCUAGCUCAGAGGAGGAAGAGCCUGCAAAGCCAGCUGUAAAAACAACUGCUCCUGUAAAGAAGCCAAAAGCACCCAUUGCUAAGCCUGAGGAAUCCAGUUCAGAGGAAUCAAGCUCUGAGGAAGAGGAGCCUGCAAAGCCAGCUGUAAAAACGACUGCUCCUGUACAGAAGCCAAAAGCGCCCAUUGCUAAGCCUGAGGAAUCCAGUUCAGAGGAAUCAAGCUCUGAGGAAGAGGAGUCUGCAAAGCCAGCUGUAAAAACGACUGCUCCUGUACAGAAGCCAAAAGCGCCCAUUGCUAAGCCUGAGGAAUCCAGUUCAGAGGAAUCAAGCUCUGAGGAAGAGGAGCCUGCAAAGCCAGCUGUGAAAAAACCUGUUCCUACACAGAAGCCUGCUAGUAAAGAAGAGUCUGAUGAUUCUGAUGAUGAAAUGAGUUCAGAAGAAGAAAAGCCAGCCACCAAGCCAGCUGCUGCACAGACAAAACAAGUCAAACCUGCUGCCAAAGCUGAGGAAUCCAGUUCAGAAGAAUCAAGUUCUGAAGAGGAAGAUAAGGCACCUGCCAAAGCAGCCCCCAAAGUGGCUCCAGCUGCUGCUAAAAAGAAAGAAUCAAGCUCAGAAGAAGAGAGUAGUUCUGAGGAGGAAGAGGCCCCAGCUAAGCCAGCACAGAAGCCCCCACAGAAGAAAUUAGCACCUGCUCAGGAAUCCAGCUCUGAUGAUGAUUCCAGCGAAGAAGAAACUGCUGCCCAUUCCGCACCAAAGCCCAAGGCACCUGCAGCUAAGAAAGAGAGCAGUUCAGAAGAGGAAUCCAGUGAGGAUAGUUCAGCCGAAUCACCAGCAAAGAAAGUGAAAACUCUAAACUCAUCCUUCACUCCAGCCUCCAAUGGUUCUGUAGGCAAGAGUCAGAACAAUAGUUUUGUGAAUAAGAGCUGGAAUUCCGCUAAUUCCUCAUUCAAUACCUCCUUCGACAAUAAAGAUGAAGAAAACGAGGAGGAUGACAAUGAUGACGAAAGCAGUAGACCUUUCCGAGCCGGCCUGGGCUACAGGGGGAGAGAUGAGAACAGGGGGGGAAGAGGAGGCUUUAGGGGUCGUGGGGGAGAUGGGGGCUUUAGGGGUCGUGGGGGAGAUGGGGGCUUCAGGGGUCGUGGGGGAGAUGGGGGCUUCAGGGGUCGUGGGGGAGAUGGGGGCUUCAGGGGUCGUGGGGGAGAUGGGGGCUUCAGGGGUCGUGGGGGAGAUGGGGGCUUCAGGGGUCGUGGGGGAGAUGGGGGCUUCAGGAGUCGUGGGGGAGAUGGGGGCUUUAGGGGUAGAGGUGGAGGUUUCAGGGAUAAGGGUUUGGAAGGUGGGUUUAGGGAUAGAGGUGACGAAGGUGGUUUUAGGGAUAGGGGUGGGGAUAGAGGUUUUAAGGGUCGAGGAGGGUUCAAGGGAGGCUUCAAUAGAGACAGUGAGAAUGGAGAUCACAAGUUUGGUGGGGACAGGGGAGGUUUCAGGAAAGACGAGGGCUCCCCAAGAGGCCGGGGAGGUUUUAGAGGUGGUGGUAAUGGUGGAUUUAGAAAUGGCAGGGAUGAUGGAGGUGACCGAGAGUUCCGAGGAGGGUUCAGGGGCAGAGGGGGAGGUGGGGGUGGCUUCAGGGGUGGGAGAGGUGGCUUUGGCAGCAGGGGAGGGUUUGGUAGCCCAGGCUUAGGCAUGGAUCAAGGCACUGGCCAGAACAAGAGGAAAACUUUUGAUGACUGAAACUGCACUGCUGAGACUCAGGGCAAAGCAAUACGAGGAUCAUUUGGAUCGUGGGGUGAACGGGCCUAUAAUGACCUGAGGAUGACGCGUGGCAGGAAUUUCCGCCAUGAAAAAAAUAAAAAGAAGAAAGGCUCCUACCGUGGAGGAGCUCUAGAUACAGCAGUCAAUUCUAUAAAGUUUGACUCGGAUUAGUGUUCUGUUUGACAAACUUUUGUACCUGCUAAGUUUUUUGAAUGAAUGAUAGAAUGGUUUCCUGUUAUAUGAGCAGUGCAAGAAGAUCAGUACGAGUGCUGUUGUACAUGAAUUGGGUGACUACAAGCUGUAUGGAAUUGUUCUUUGUUCUGAAAGAUGGGUGGUGCUGUGUGUUUAAAAAUUGUGUUGUUUUCUAAGUUUUAGUAUUUGGGAUCUUUAUUUUUAUUUUUUAUUUUUUUUUCAGUGCUGUAUAUUUAAUGAUCAGAACUAGCAUAUGAAGUAUUGUUGUUGGCUUUAAACAAUCACAGUGUUACUAUAAUGUAAGGAAAACAAAGAAAAUUUAUUCGGGUUAAUUUUUUGAAGUACCAGAUAUAUUUUACAAGAUACAUCUUGCAGCAGUUGUUCUGGUUGUAAACAAUGCAUUGACUUGUGUUGGUGUAAAGAAGAAAGUUGUUUGUUCCGGGUAAGCAGCUCCAUGCUCACUGAGGGGAGGAUGUGCUGACAUUCCUCAGUGUGGUCUGGGGACGAGUUGGCCAAGUUUGUUUCAUGUACAAUAGGUGGAUGGUAUGCUGUGCUUCCUACUGCCUUAAGUUACUUUAAUGGUUGCUUGCGGAAUGUUAGGAAGAACUGAAAGCUGUACAGAUAUGUGUGCUGACAGAAAACAUUCAUCUUGUACAUUUUGUUUUUCUUUCGUUCCCAUCUGGGUGACACCACAGAGACGCAAUGAUAGACUCCUGUGGUGCCAUCAAGCAUUUUUAACCAGUAUAAAUUGUAUUUUUAAUAAACUGGUAAAAAUG